AUUUGGAAAAUGCUCAAGUCACUGCUGCCUGUUGGUCGAGUUUUCCGAUCGCCCCAUUAGAGUAUUCGCCGAAGGUCUCGGCGGCAGAAGGCAGGGGUGGUGUUACCUGCUGAAGUCACUUUUUACAGGUCUCAGUGCGUUGACAGAGGCUUCACAAGUUCAUUUUUCCGCUUUCUUCAACCCAUGGGGUAGGUUGAAGACCCUACGGGUGAAAUCUCAGUUUGAAGUUAGCUGUUGACCCCCGUGAACACCACGCUGAUAACUUGGUGACGGUAUCCAAUGACCCCGUGUGUUGGCAGCCACUUGAUUUGAAAGCUCGACGUUUGAAGUAGCGAAGUCUCACCUGCUAAAUUGUUCAGGAUGUCUCGCAUGUUGUUCAGCGGGGUCCCGUGUCGGAUCGCGCAAGCUCUCGCUCGAGAGUUUCACAUUUCUAGAGGUCUGAACAAACACCUCACAACGGAGGUAAAGAAUGGCGUUGCCGUGGUCAAGAUCGACACACCAGGUCAGCGUGUUAAUGUUCUGUCAAAGGAGCUCAUGACCGAAGUUACCGAAACGAUGAACAAUAUUCACACGAACCCUAACGUAUCUUCGGUUGUUCUAAUCAGCGGUAAGAAAGGUUGUUUCAUCGCUGGCGCCGAUAUAACGAUGUUGGAACAGUGCCGAAGUGUAGAUGAGGCCAAGAACCUUGUUAAAGAUGGGCACAAGGUACUUCAGGCGAUCGAGGACUUCCCAAAACCGAUAGUGGCAGCUAUCAUGGGUUCGUGCUUGGGUGGCGGCCUAGAGACUGCGCUCGCUUGUCGUUAUCGUAUCGCUGUAGAAGAGCCAAAAACUACUUUGGGGUUGCCCGAGGUUAUGCUCGGCGUGCUUCCUGGGGGCGGUGGAACUCAGCGCUUGCCUAAGCUAAUUCAGCUCCCGACAGCACUCGACAUGAUGCUGACUGGAAAGAGUCUCCACGCCAAGAAAGCGAAGAAGGUGGGUCUGAUCGACGCUAUUGUCAAGCCACUCGGACCAGGACUUAAAUCGGCAGAUGAGCGGACGCUUGAAUACCUUGAAGAAGUGGCAUGUCAGGCCGCCCGGGACCUUGCAACGGGUGAACUCAAGAUUAAUCGAGCGCGCCCACUGACCGAACGAAUUCUUGGAUAUUCUCUGCAAAUCAAGUAUGUUCGUGACAUGAUCUUCGACAAGGCACGAGGUCAGGUCAUGAAACUUACCAACGGAUUGUAUCCUGCUCCUUUGAAAAUUCUUGAUGCAGUCCGUGCCGGUCUGGAAAAAAGUAAAGCGGAAGGGUUUGAAAUUGAGGCACAAAACUUCGCCGAACUCUGCAUGACAAAAGAAAGCAAGGGUCUUAUGGGACUUUAUCACGGACAGGUACACUGCAAGAAGAAUGCCUUUGGAAAGCCCGAACGCCGAACGGAGAACAUAGCGGUUCUGGGUGCUGGUCUUAUGGGAGCUGGGAUCUGCCAGGUCUCGCUUAAGGACUUCAACAGAGUUGUAAUGAAAGAUGCUUUCUCUAAAGGGCUGGUCCGUGGUCAAAACCAGAUUGAUGGCAACCUAAAUAAGGACCUGAAAAAAAAAAAGAUCGACGCUUUUCAAAAGGAUAGGCUCAUGUCCACUCUUUUGCCUACGCUUGACUAUUCUUGGCUGAGAGAUGCCGAUAUGAUCAUUGAAGCUGUUUUCGAAGACAUUCACGUCAAGCACAAGGUUGUGAAAGAGGUCGAAGCCGUCAUUCCUGAGCACUGUGUGUUUGCGUCAAAUACGUCGGCUCUACCCAUCGCCAAAAUCGCUGAGGUGUCAAAGCGUCCUGAGAAGAUCAUUGGCAUGCAUUAUUUCUCGCCAGUAGAAAAGAUGCAGCUACUGGAAGUUAUAACCACAGAUAAAACGUCGAAGGAUACGGCUGCUACCGCCGUCGACGUUGGGCUGCGUCAAGGCAAGGUCGUCAUCGUUGUUAAGGACGGCCCUGGUUUUUACACAACACGCAUUCUCGCACCGAUGAUGUCAGAGGCUAUGGUUCUCCUCAUGGAAGGCUGCCAAGUUAAGGAGCUUGACAAACUCUGCAAGGCGUUCGGAUUCCCCGUAGGCGCGGCCACCCUACUCGAUGAGGUGGGUAUUGAUGUGGGAGCCCACAUCGCCGAAUACCUAGGAGGAGUAUUUGGUGACCGCCUUACGGGCGGAGCAAAUCCGGCAGUUAUGAAAGAGAUGGUAAACCAGAACUUCCUCGGUCGCAAAUCAGGCAAAGGCUGCUAUAUCUAUACGCCUGGCAGGAAAGAUCGCGCGGUCAACCCCGGGGUUGAGACCAUCCAGCGCAAAUACGCGAAGCCAAAAAGCAUGGAGAACACCACGGAGCAAGUGCAGUUUCGUCUGGCUACUCGCUUUAUGAACGAGGCCGUCAUGUGUCUGCAAGAAGGCAUUUUGGCCAACCCUGUCGAAGGUGACAUUGGCGCAGUAUUUGGUCUGGGUUUCCCGCCCAACCGUGGAGGACCAUUCCAGUUUAUCGACACAUACGGCGCUGACAAAAUCGUCAACUGGAUGAGACAAUUCCAGGAGAAGGUGCAUCCAAAGACGUUCGAGCCUUGCCAACUUCUGCUUGACCACGCCAACGACCCGCUAAAGAAAUUCCAUGCGCGCAACAAGUAGGAUGCUUGACAAGAGACUCAAAAGGGUUAUUUCUGGGCUGUGUAGCCACUGAGAGGCUGUCAGAUGUACCUGUGAAUAAGGCAACAGACAGUAUACAAUUUGAUAGGAACUGUCUAUAACUAUGUGACCACUCUAAGAAACACUUCAAAGGUCCAAGGUUCAUCCAGGAUAUAGUUACAUUACAAAACCCUCUUUACGUCAUUGUACAGGUGCCUAAUAAUCUGUAAUAGUUUGUUUUAAUCGUUAUGGUUAUUCCUAUAGAAUAUAUUUUUCGGAGACAGCAAUUCAAGCGAAAUUCAAGCAGAAGUGUAUAAUCCUUUGCGUCUUGAGUACGCAUCGGUGAACCACAGAAGAACAAAUACUUUUGAAUAAUUCAAAAUUGUAUUUUUAAGAAAAUCACGAUUUUCAACGAAGCAUAAGAAUUUCGCAGACCUCGUUGGCAGCAGCUAGGUCGGUAUGUGGCGCAACAGAAUAAAAUUAUUGGCUUAACUAAUUUCACGUUACGUGUAACUGGCACCGCCGUGGAUAAAAUGUCAUGUAAUGUAUGUGCAAAGGACAGUAAUGUGCUCCAUAAGAAUAUUUUUAGUAUAAAAUGAGCAUCACGUCUUGCUAUGGUUUUAUUAUUGAUAGCAAUAAUAAUGACGUAAUUGAUGAAUGAUAUGAAAACGUUGGAUGAUCACUAUGACGUAAUUGAUGAAUGAUAUGAAAACGUUGGAUGAUCACCGUGACUAAGCAUAGAAAAUUUUACCACCAGGAGUUUUCAUCGAAAAAAUAAAAUAAAAGACGAUUUUCUAAAGAAAAAAAAGAACAUCACAAAGACGUAAAAUAUGA